AUGAUUGACAGAAGACAUGAGAAAAAGAAGAGUGAUAGUAGUAAUACGUUAAGGAUCAAAAAAAGAGAGAGUGAGGAAGUGGAACCAAAUAAUCUGUUUUAGAAUUCUGAUCGGUUUAAUUCUAAUCAUUCAUAAUUCAAGCACUCACUUAAUAUCUCUGAUAAAAGCAGUUUUCUUGGUCUCUAGAAUCCUUUGUUAUCAUAGGCUAGUAUUUCUGACCGAGAAAAUCGCAGCAAAAGAUAUUCUCAGGAUGAAUUUCAAAACAACCUGGAAUUUGAAUAACCGAUACCUUUGAUUCAAUUACUUGAGCAUGAGAUCAGACUACGUUGUAGACCGGAACUACUCAAGUAAACAAAGUGUUGCGGCGAUUAAAGUGAGUAGAUUGUCGCCAAUCCAAAACCAACUCCAGAAAUUGACGUAGAUCAGGAUAUUUUACGAAAAUACAACAAGCAUUACACUCGAAACUACAAAAGAGAUCCUUAUUACAUCAAACUGGUGGAACUACAUGGAUACCAAAGAAUCAAACACGAGCUUCAGGUAGUCCUUUUUAUUUAAUUGUAGAAUUAUAACGAUCCGUAUGCGUUGCUUAAUGUGCGAAAGAUCAUUGUUUACAUCUCUUUUGUCAUCCCCAUCAUGGCCAAGACCAUAAUACAUUCCAUAGCAUUUCAGUUAUUGAUGACAGUAUUGAUUCUCUUCAAUAUCACCCUUUAUGCAAUUGUGAAAACAUAACAUAGAUAGGAUACUGAUCAAAUCGAAUAAAUCAUUACUAUCCUAUUUUUCACCGAAAUUGGAUUGCGUAUCAUAUCAUAAGGCCUUUUCUUUUCAAAACACGCUUACUUUGUUAAUUUCUCAAACAUAUUCGAUUUUUCAAUCGUGAUGUUGUCAGCCAUUAACUUGUAUAGACCAGAUAUUGUGAUUAUAGAUCUAUCGCCACUUCGUAUUAUUACCUUGUUGUAAUAUUUGGGUGAUAUUUUCGAUGGCUUAAGAGUGAUGUUGACAGCCUUAAGACAAUCGAUUCGAUAUAUAUUGGAGGCUUUGGCAAUUGUGGGCUUGUUCUCAUUGUUUUUUGCCUUGGCUGGAGUGUUCCUAUUUUAGGGAUUGUUCAAUUAUAGAUGUGUGCCUAUAAACGAGGAAAUGGGGGAUGAUUGGAUUCAAUGCAAUGUAGAUCAUUGUCCUGAGGGAAUGGAAUGCAAAUACGUUGACGAGACAAUCAAGUUGCCAACCUCUUUCAACAAUAUCAUAUACUCGUAUGGUCAGAUUCUGAGAACCAUCACGAUGGAUGAUUGGAGUUGGGUGAUGUUUUUCACAAUUAGAAUAUUCAAUCCUUGGAUUUGGAUUUAUUAUUUAUUGAUAAUUUUUGUAUGUGGGUUUUUUAGUUUUAAUUUGGUUAUAGCUGUAUUGAAAACUCAUUAUGCAGAAGCAACUGAAUAGUUUUUUUAAUAAUAGGAACAGUAAGAAAUCAAUAAAAAAUUAUUAGAAGAGAAAUCAAAUCUAGAGAGAGAUGUUACGGAUGUUUUUGAUGUUGCAAUGCUUCGAUAAAUUGGAUUUCACAAGACUUUCUAAUAAUAUUAUAAAUUACUCAAUCAACCCAAAAAAUUAACACAAUAUAAAUUGGAGGAUUUUCAAACCAAAAAUUCUACUCAACCCAGAUUGCUAUCCGCCAAAUAGAGACUGAACAAUAACACAACUGUAAAUUAUUAUGAUUGAUUUCAUAGAAUAGCUGUUUUGAUAAAUUGUUUCAAUAUUUAAGAGAAUUCACGUUAAAAAAUAUUUUAUUAACCAAAUUCAAAAGGCUCAGCAAGCAACAAAAAUCAAUUGUACUCAAGAAUUAUACUGAGGAUGAAGAUUAACUUAAAAUUUUGGAAGAUCUAAACAAAUUUGAAUUAGCCUAAUUAUCAAAAUAAGUCAAUCCAAAAUAAUAUCAAAAAUAUACAAGUUUAGAAGAUGUGUUACCAUCCUUUGCGUAUUAAUAUACUUUCUAUAUGAAAAUAGAAACAUUAGAAUUUCCAAGUAAAAUAUUGAUGAGAAGGUUAUCGAUUAUACCAAAUAUUAAUGUUCCUUCGAAUACUUAGUCCCACAUAACUAAUAAAUAUUCAGAUCCAACAUAAUUAGGAAUGGUUUUAAAUGUCCCAUCAAAAAAAGUUACAGGGCAAAAAAGAAAUAGAUUUUUCAAGAUGCAGAAUCUCAACACUCCCGCGUUGCUCAUACCAUAUACAUCCGAAAUGAGAGGAAGAUUGUAAAGGGAUUCAACAAGUAGAUGCUGAAAUCAAAGCAUUCCAUUCCAUUCACAAUCAGAAAGUCAAAUGUUACUUAUCUAUUUGUUUAAGGGUAUUAUUUGAGUUAUGAUAAAAUUGCAUUUAAAAUGAAGCAAAAGAUUGAGAAAGAAAAAGUCAACAGCCUCACCUUUGAUCUUGAAUACAAGAAAAUGAGAAUGAGGGAAAUUAAAAAAAAGAGGAUCAUUGAUCAAAAUUGGUCAGGAAACGAAGUCCUCGAUACCUAGUACUCUACCUUUAACUUUUAAAAUGUCCUUGUGACAUUAAAUAAAACUGAUUUUAUAGUUUGGAUUAAAGGGGUAUCCGGGAUAUUACAAAUCCUUAGGAAAUAUGUAAAUAAAAUAGUUUCUAGUAAAUUUACUGAGAUUGCAUUGGAUCUUCUUAUAUUCAUAAAUUUCACAUUUUUAGCAUUGUAUGGCAUAGCUGAUGCUUCCAUCAUCUCUCAAGUUGAAGAUUUCACUACAAUAGUGUUAUCCAUAGAGACAUUUCUUCGAUACUGCAGUAUUUCAUUUAAAGAACUAUCCAAUAAUAAUGAGAGUAUUCUGUAGACCUUAAUUGUUAUCUUGAACUUUAUUGAAUUUACAAUGAGCGAUUACAUGACGAAGUUAACUGAACAGAAUUUGAGAUUGAUUAGAGGAACAAAAUGUUUACUAUUCUAUAGAUGUCUAAAAUAUAACAGUAUGGCAGUGACAAUUGGUCACAUUGCAUCCAAGACCUUUAAAUCUUAUAUAUAUUUGACAUUUUUGAUGUUUAUAGUGAUAUUUUUGUAUGCGUUGGUUGGAAUGGAAGUAUAUGCAGGAGAGUUUGAUUAGAAUGAUGUCUUAGGGUAAUUGCAUUCAUACAACAAUGUCCUGAAAUCGUUUAUGACCGUCUUUAAUAUCAUGACAAAUGAUGAUUGGUAUGGAGUGUUUGUUUUGGGUACUGGAAUAGAUGAGACAUUUGGAAUAUUGUAUUCAUACUCUAUGGUAAUUAUACUUAAUUACUUAACAUAUGGAUUAGUGUUGGCUAUUCUAUUGGAUGGAUUUAGCAAGUAUUUAGAUAGGUAAAUAUUCUCAGAAAUAGAAGAUACAGAACAAUCUAAAAUGUAGCCAUCUAAUAUUGAGAAAUAAGAUACUUAAAAUACAUAGUAAUUAACUGAUAUCAACCAGACAGCUUAGAUAGAUUUGGUUAAGAAUCGUAAAAAGAAGACUGCUUUAAUUCAACAUCUAAUAAACUCAAUCAGAUAAAUCAAUUAAAAAAUAUUGGAUGCAUCUCCUGAACUUUAUGAUGGAAUCUAAUGUGAACAAUCUUUAUUUUUUUUCAACAAAUCCAAUCAUUUCAGAAUGAUCUGUAUGAUAAUUGCCAGGUCUAGAUUAUACAAAUUAAUUAACGAUGCCUCUCUGACAUCAUCAAUAAUCAUUCUAAUCAUUCAGACUUAUAAUGACUAUGAGGAAAACAAAGAAAUGUAUCCCCAGAGAGUUUUAUUUUACCUCAACAUCAUCUUAGCAAUAGAAUACAUCAUCAAUUUAAUAGCCAAGGGAUUAUUCCUGGAUCCAGGAUCACAUUUCAAUUCCAUCUGGCAGAUCGUGGAUGUAUUUUACAUUAUUUCAUUCUUCUUUUAAUACGAGAAGGAUUACUAUGUAAAACCAAUUUUUUAGAUUCUACUUUACUUUGGAUAUUUUAGACCAUUCAAUCUUUUGAAUAGAAUUAAAUUUUUGAAUGUUUUAAGUUCAGCACUCUAUCAAUCAUUGGUGGAUAUUUUAAAUGUAUUGUUAACUCUCUUUUCAGUCUGGAUCAUAUUUGGAGUGUAUGGGAUCAUAUUGUAUGAAGGAUAAUUUGGAUUUUGUGAAGAUAAGAUGCAAUUCAGAGUCAAUUAUGAGGACUGUAUUCAACAGAAUAGGACAUGGGUCAAUUUCAAACACAACUUUGACAAUAUCACAAUGGCUAUUCCAACAUUGUUUACAGUGUCCACUUUUGAUGGUUGGGGUGAAAUGCUCCAAAUUGCUGAAAACAGUGACAGUCGAAAUGUUGGACCUGUGCCAUUUAAUAGUUAUAUACAUACCUAUGUCUUUUUCAUUACCUUUUGCUUUAUUGGAUCUAUGUUUUUCUUGAGUCUGUUCACAGGUGUCUUAUUUUCUAACUUGAAGGCAAAUCAACGAAAAAUUGAGUAGGGGGAAUUCAAUUAGAAUCAGAAGGAAUUUAUUGAGAUAUCGGAAAUCAUCACGAAGGACAUUCCUGUAUUUUCUACACCUCCUGACAAUGUCAUUAGAAGAUUAGCAUCAAUCAUCAUGAAUAGUUCCAUAAUGCAAACUUUCUUUUUGCUCAUCCUUUUGUUGGAUGUGGUUAACAAUAUCAUUUUCCAUUUUGGUAUGAAUAUGGAAUAUCUUGAAAUUAUUAAUUACAUCCAUCAUGCAUUUUCAGUAUUCUUCACAAUUUGGAGUAUGCUACAGUAUUUGGCUUUGGGAUUGUUUAGGUUCUUCGAUAAUUAUUGGAGACAAUUCCUUUUCAUCCUGAAUCUCUUUGCAAUAAUAGAUCUCGCAAUAGAUCUCAAAUACAACUGGGUAGAAACCUAUUAUUAUUCAAGUCCUUUGACUUAAUACUAUAGACUCUAUAGAUUGUGUUUUGCUAUGAGGAGUCUAAGAUUGAUCCUCAUUUUUUAGGGUCUGAUCAACAUUUAGAGACUCAUGAGAGUUAUGGUGUAUGCACUCCCAUUUUUAGGCAAAAUAUUCUUCAUUCUAAUAGACACAAUGUUGGUGUUUGCCUUAUUUGGCUGUUAACUAUAUGGAUAGAUCGAUUCAGGGUAGGUUAUGGAUGAUCAAAUCAACUUUCAUAACAUUGCCUAAGCUAUGCUUACUCUAUUUAAAUGUGCAUCAGGUGAUGAUUGGAGAACCAUAAUGACUGACACGAUGCAUCAUAAUCCUAAUUGUUCUACAGAUUCAACCUAUUGUGGUUCUACUUAUAGUUAAAUUUACUUUUUUUUGUUUAUGUUGUUGUCCAAUUAUGUCUUUUUAAAUUUGUUUGUGUUGGGACUGAUCGAAUAAUUUGAGUCAUUUUUUUAGGUUUAAAAUUCAAUAAUACAAACUUAUGUAGAAAAUGAAGAUAGAAUAAAAACGAUUUGGUGCAAGUACAUUAUAUUCAUUUUAUAUUUUUAAGAUAUUCUCCAGAAACUUAAGGCAAAGCUAUGCAUUAUAAAUUUCUUUGUAGAUUCCUAUUGGAUCUCGGAUCUCCUUUGGGGAGAGGAAAGGAAGAGAACCUUUGGGAUGCUGCCAAACAAGCCUCUGCGUUCAAAUUGAAGUGGUAAGCAAUCUAUUUCUAUAUUGUCUAGUGAUCAUCACGGGUACAUUCAAUAUAAUUAAUUGAUUUAUGAAUUGUUUAGGACAUGCUUUUAUAAUGAUGUCUUCAAGACUGGGAGCAAAAAUGCAAUAAAAUAGAUUAAAUAAUAUAACAAGGAGAUGCAAAUGAAAUUAAUGAAUUAUCGGAGGAAUCUAUUCAUAAAGCGAGCCAAUAUUUGCUUAGUCGACCUCAGAACUAAUUUUAAUAUUCUGCACGAUUACUUGAAUGUUCUCAUUGCGUUUAAGGCAUGGGAAUCCCAUUCCAGAAGUCUGAUCAAGAAGGUCAAUAGGAGAAGCAAAGAGUACACCGAAAACACUGAAUCAGACGAGCAAAACCAAGAGGAGUAUUAUCAUGAUUCUAAUUUUAUGCAAGGCUUCAACAGAGUGGACAUUCUUUCUUAAAUGAGAUAAGCAUUUUCAGAGGGUCGGCUUAGAUAAGUGACACCGAUAGAUUCCAACCAGUCAUCACAGAUGAAAACCAAAACAAACAUCUCUUAACAUUUCAAAGCUAGGACUUGCUCCAAAAUUCAGAACUACCACAAUAUGAUCAGUAAUUGCAGAAUUAUUCGAAGAAUACUUUGUUUAUCUAUCAUCCGCAAAAGUGA